UGGUGGAAUUGAGCGAGAGACCGGCGCCGCAGCAAUGAAAAUGCGAAGAAAACUUCAGUUGUUGGACAGUGUUCGCGGCGAAAGGAAUCCCUCGACGAACGAUCAGUGCGCGACGCGCGUGUAAAUAAUUCAAAAUGCAGCGCAGCAAAGCUUUGCAAAAAUAGCGCAGAAAUCGGAGGUUAUAUUGUGUUCGAAAUAAUGAAAUCGGAGUGCGCGACGCAGGUGAAAUUUGAUUUUGGUGCGUGGACUCGUAAAAUGCGGUAAUUAAAACGGUUAUUUGCGGAACGGUACGAUCGAAAGUGUAUAGCGAUGCGAUGGAAAUGUGCGAAAUUGUCUCGCUGAAUUUGAAAAGAUCUUGAAAUGUCUGUAUGUUUGUACACUCACACAUAGAAUCAAGUGCCUUAAUAAAAGAUGGAAAGUAAAAGCGUUUGUGCCAAGCAAGUGUGUGUUAUUUAAUACGAAUAUGUUUGAAGCGAAUCAAAAGCUGUGAAUUAAAUAGUGCAAUAAAAAUAAUAGCCACACAAAAGCAACAAUAAUAACAGCAAACUGCAAGCAAUCUUUUUAAUAAAAAUAUGUGUAUAUGAGUGUGUGUGCAGGCUAUUGUGCAAGAAGUGUCGUCCAGUCGCGUUAAUUGAAAGACAAAACAAACAAAAACUCACAAAACAGAGCGCACACAAACCAUAUAUGAGCAAACAUACAAAAGUACAUACAUGUAUGUAUGUUUGUAUGUAAGUGCCAGCACAUACUCGUAUAAGCAGCAACUUUGUAUUAAUCGUGCCAUUAAGUUGACGCGUCGACCAACACCCGCUGACAUAUAGACUAAAACAUAUGUAUGUAUAUAUAUAAGUAAAUACAUAUACUUAUAUAUAGAGUAUACUUGUAUGUAUGUAUUUGCAUCUGGAGAUCCGCUGGCAGUGGGCAGUAAUUGAGCGAAGGCUGCAAAGAAAAUGUGUUUAUGGGUUGAACUGCUGCCUAAUUUAAUGACCUUCACUGUACACUAAUGCAAAUAGCAAUACAAGCAGCCUGAAAGCACGCUACAGUAAUUGUCGACAUGACGACCGACGAAGUGAUUUUGCGGCGCGACAAGGCCGCAGCAAAUGGCGAACCUUUCACCGAGCCGCCACCGCGUCUACGCGGCCAAAGCGCUUACUUAGCGCUGCUCAGCUCGCUGGCAACGGACUUGGAUAUUAUGCUCAAUGACCUGCGCUCAUCGCCUGGGUCGAGACUACUGCCGCCCACACAUCAUUUACAUCAGCGCAGUGCUUCCAACUCAUCAACUGCCUCAUCCCCGUUAACGGUUGGCGGCGCAGGUGGUGGCGGCGGCAAUGCGGGUAGUGGCACCGGGCAGGCAACAACCGGUUAUCUGCACAGCGCUUUGCGCAGCAACCACAGUAAUCAAUUUGGCCAACAGCAAGCGGCGAAUGCACAACGCCAAACAACGCACGUGCAAACGGAGAAGCGACAACAACAACUGCAACAGCCGUCUAAGCAAGCAGCCAAAGUGCAAGUAAUACCAGCUGCGGCCACAACAACAAUAACAACCACAACGGCAGCUACAUCCUCAAUACCGCAACGUUAUAAUCGCUAUCAAUACCACAACCAACAACAACAGCAACAUAAGCCAGCGCAAACGCAUCGUUGUUGUGCCUCGGCGGCAAAUGCUUGCAAUCAAGCGAAAAAUCGCACUGCAACAACAACUAAAACAGCAAUUGGCGCAACUAAGGUAACCGCCACAGCCUCUACCUCGAAGCAGGCUAAAACCCAAACAGCAACAACAACCACAAUAACCAAUAGCACAACGCGUUAUCAGCAGCGCCACAAUCCACAUGCCACAAACAGGUUGCACACAUCCACAGUCACUAGCGCAAGCUCCACGACGACUACCGUUGGACGCCAAAUGACCACGAACAGCGGCGAUGCCAGCUACAGCGGAUGCGAAUCAGCGGCAACAGCCGGAAAUGUUGCGCCACUUGCUGAUGACGACGCCGCUGCUGUUGCAACGCAUUGCAGUGGACUGUCCGCAGAGGUGCGUCGCAUAGAAAAACUGCCUUUGUGGUCGUAUCAGCACAAACAGUUGCAGCAGCCGCAAAGGUUGCAAGUACAAUUGUUGCAACAACAACGCGCCACAAAAGCAAUAGCCGUUAUGCAUACGGCGGCAGCAAAAACAAGCGCUAUAACGGGCGCUUCCACGUCGCUGGCAGCCAGCAAACAAGAUGCGGUCAGUAGGAUGACACAUUUAGGUGGUUCCGACGCAUCAAGCGGAAGUGCUAUUAGCGGUGGUGGUCCAUAUGGUGCUUCCGCACGCCUUAGUGUGGCAAGCGCCGCAACUACAGCCAGUGUUACAACCCUCACGACGGCGCAGGUGAUGGACUAUACACGCGUCGAUGGAUAUGGGACAAGCGGUGGCGGCAGCGACGCAUUCCGGUUGAACUGGUUGCAGCCAGCGACAAUAUUUUUUGGCUAUGCAAAGGAUAAUGACAUGCCAAGGACCUCCGACUCCAGCACACAGUUGACCACAUCGGCCGUGCCGCCAGCAACAACACAGAAUCAAUUAAAGUCCACAACGGCUAUAGCGGCCGCAGCAGCAACAGGCAAUGCCGCACACAACAACAAUAAUAAUAGCAACAACAACAACUGCAAUAGCAAUAACACAGCCGGUAAUCGACGUCUGCCAUUCUGUGGUUUAGAUUCCAUUAAAGGAAGUGACAGUAAUGGCAUGGGCGAUGGUGUUGUUGGUGGUGCCACCAAUUUAUGCUUCGAUUUGCAUGGUAGCAACAGCGGCGGCAUUAACACCAGCAAUCGGCACACUGGCGCUGGACUCGGCGGCACACACGAUGGCGUGCAACAUCAUGAUAACAUAUCAGAGCAAUUUCACUCGCUGGAUGCGGCAGAUAGCAGCUGCUGUGGCGAUGAACAGUUCGAGGAUGAUAUGCAGGCCUUGUUGCCGAAAUGCAAGCGUUACUCGGGAGAUGAACUCAGUCAGUCACGUACAUCUCUGGUCUCCAGUUCGGAUGGUGGCAUUUUGGCCGAAGGCGAAACCUCAAGCGAAACAUCGCGCGGCACCGACGAAUGCCCGCCCUGUGACUUGAGCCUGAUGGAGCGCCUGCUGCUGACACAUCCAGUAUGGUUUCUAACCGGCAUACAGCGCUCCGGUGCGGUACAUUUUCUACAAGGCAAGGAGGAGGGGAAUUUCAUUGUACGCGGCUCCAGUCAACCCAACACUAUGGCCGUAUCGGUGCGUCUGCCUCCGGACACUGGUCCCUACAUUGAACACUAUUUGAUACAAUCAAACGACGGCCUAUUGAGCUUGGAGAGCUCGCGUUUCACAUUCGAUUCGAUACCGGCACUGAUCGCACACUAUGCACAAUGCUGCGAUGAGCUGCCGGUACAAUUAGUACUGCCACGCGCUUUGCGCGAAGUUAAAAAUCGCCAACAACUCUCAUCACUGGCGCUUUUGGGUCAGGAGUUCUGGCGUUAUCCGAUGUCUUGCCCGAAGCCACAAGAGUCAGAGGCUAAUCUACUCGAUGCUAAAUCACCAAACUCAUUGACGGAGACCAGCGGCUUGGGCACAACGGUUUUCAGUAGCAAUUCCGCCGCACCACAAUCAUCUAAGAUCUUCAGUCCAACCAGUAAUCUGGCCGGUCUUUUCAGUCAGGCCGGCACGCCAUCGGAUACCACUUCAAGCAUGAGUUCUUUCACCACCAGCGGUGGUCCACAAAUGCAGCUAAUGAGUCCCGAAUCGGUGGACUCAGUAAUAUUAACAAUGUCACCAGUAGACGUUAAUAAUCAUUGUAACGGCAAUGCUGGUUUAACGGCUGAUAGUACAUCGGCUACGAAUGGCAAUCUCAGCACUUUCAAAUCGAAUAAUAUUCUGCCGGUAACCGCUAAAGGUAUUAAAAUGAACGCAGAUAAUGGCAUACGCCCACGACGUCCAAAGCCACCGAACACGCUGAAUUUAGACUUGCGUAAACCGCCGGCACCACCUUUGCGUUGCUUUAAGCCACUCACACCCAGCAGCCCACUACCAUCGGAACAUGGCUUGAGCGCGGCCAAUAAUUUCACGGUGACCACCACAGUCACAUUUUCAAUGGAGAACAAUAACUCGCCACAUUUUGUCGAGGUAACCACGCCAGCGGCAGCAAAUAACAUGAUCACACCAAGCGCGCUCAACUCGAAUGCAACUUUCCAAACAUUCUCGAAACGUCUCUCACCGGAGGGUGAAUGCAAAGACACGCUCUCUUCACAGGGUUCUUCGAAUGGCAGUCGCUGGCAAUCGCAGAGCAGCAAAGACUCGAAUCACAGCCAAAGGAAGAUACUAUCACCUUGCUCGGCUGGCACACCAACCAGCGCUAUGGGCAGCAGUGGCAGCAGCAAAUCACGACGCACCAAAAUGCGCAAAGAAUCCCAGCACUACAAAGAGUCUGACAUAUUGGAAAGCCCACAAAUAUAUUGCCGCAGCGCGUUGGGCGAUAAAAUUAGCGACUAUGAAGAUCUAUGGACACAAGAGUCCAACGAACGUACUGGCCUGCUCACGAGUUUUAAGCCCACCGAAGGUGCACAAGGAAAGCGUCCGGAUCUGCUUGCCGAAACACCCACAAUUACUUCCCUAAGCGCCAACUUGCUCUCACCUGCCAAUUCCACUGCCAACUCCGCCAGUCCGCCACGCAAUGGUGAUGCCUCGCCCACGCCCACUGCCGAUGCCGAUGCUUGCGAUACCCAGCAACUGAUACAAUUCUCCGCCGAUGCACAGCCACGCUCGCGUGCUGGCCUACUCUUGCCCGGACUGAUGAGCCAAUCGCUCUCCGAAGAUCAAUUCAAGGUUUGCGAACCGACUGAAGGCGACACUACACCGACCGCAGACACGCCUGCCUCACGUAGCAAACAAGGUAGUCCCUUCUAUGCUGAACCAGCGGAUACACUGCGUGAAGCCGGUCUCACAACUGCCAGCAUACUGCGUCGCUCUCAACGUGGUCCGCUCUUGCCAGCAAACCAUCGGCAUUCCGAGCCGCCUAAAAGCGGUCUAGCGCGCACAACCAUGUGUCCGUUGUUGAUACCCAAAGAGUUCGAUAAAAUCGCUGGCAGUCUUGAUGAGUUGAAGAAAAAGCAACAACAACAGCAGCAACCGCAGGCGCAGCAAGCACCAGCACAACAACAGCCGACAAAACGGGCACGUGGCCGUUUUGACCAAUGGCAAUUGGAUAGCAGUUGGGAAUUUGUGCGCAAACAAGAUGGCGAUGGUGAUUAUGAUGAGAACGCAGCUGAGCAUAAUGCCAAUAACAAUUAUGGUGAUUACGAUACUGAGGAACAGUGGCGUCAACAGCCAACAAGUACGCAGGAAAAAGAAAAUUCAUUGGGCCGUGAGGCCAACAAGGAGAAUAAGCAUAAACCGUUAACUGUACAUCAAAUAAUUGCGAAGCACUUUCCCGAUUUAAAUCUACCCGAGCUAAUACAUUGCUCUACACCGCCACAACAAGCAUAUCUACAACAACAACAUAACGGCCAGAAUGAGCAAAAGCAAUUAAACGAACAUCACGGCAGCCAGAAAUCUUUCGACAGUCAGACUGGUUGUCGCCUAUCGUCCUACGACAAUGUCGGCGGCACAUAUUCCUUUUGCCAGUCGUAUUGCAACGGCAUUGAUUCGGCGCAAUCGGAUGAUGGUACAGUGUUCUCGGAACCGUGGGACUCAUCGCAAUGGGACUCCAUCAAUCCACAGGACGAUGCCACCAUCACUUCGGACACCAUACACUUUUCGAAAUGUCGACCCGUCGUCUCAGAAGAUGAUACCAUAAUUGAAGAAUUGAGCACCAAAGAAAGCAAUCAAGACACAUUGAAAGCAAAGAAGUCGAAUAGUAGGCAAAAGGUUGCAACAAUUUUACGAAACCCAAGCAUGCGAGAUCGCGAAAUUUUGCGUCACCCACGCAACAAGCUGAACGCGCCCACUGGCGGUCCCGGCGAACUGGUGCGCGCUUGCACACUACAACUCGCGCAAGAUCCGUGCUCCACAUUUGCGCGCAAUAUCGAAAACUUUAUCUCCUGCACUAAGGAGUCACGCGAAGCGGCGCCACAGGUCGUUAUGCGCAACAUGCGUCAGUUCAUGAACGGCAUGAAGAACUAUCUCGUGAAACAUGGCGAGGGUAAAUUCCAUCAGGAAAUCGAAGCGGCGCGUUCGCGUCUCAAAGCGGACGAGUUUCUCAAUUUGGACGCCAUACUCGAGACUGUUAUGCAUGAAUUGGUUGUGCUGCCGCUGCGCGAACAUCUCUACGGCAUGUUUGUGGACUACUACAAACGCUCGGAAGACAUACAACUAUUGGCACAAAAUGUUAAAUACGCCUGCGGACGCAGUCCUGCUGAUUUUGGCAUACGCGCCACAGUUACGCCGCCAUCACCCACAUCAUUGCAAGCAAUUUCGGCAUUAUUGCAACGCCUGCAAGAGGCUGAACUGCCGCUCGAAAAGCUAGAUCUAUUUCUAUGCAUAAUUUCAACAAUAUUUGAGGCCACCGGCUGUCCACGCGGCCAGCAGUUAGGCGCCGACGACUUCCUACCCGUGCUGGUUUAUGUGGUGGCCAAGUGCGGCUUCGUAGGCGCCGAGAUAGAGGCUGAAUUCAUGUGGGGCCUACUGCAACCGACAUUGCUGAGUGGCGAGGCGGGCUACUACUUGACGGCACUUUGCAGCGCUGUGCAUGUGCUCAAAAGCUUCAUGGCUUCGGAGAGCGAAAACGGCACGGGCUCGCUGGAUUGGCGCUCUUCCUCGCUGCCAGCCUGCUCAUCGGUGCUGCGCGUUAUCAUACCCGACGAAUGCAACGGCUCAUUGCAAACGCGCACACUGCCCGUGCGCCCACACACUACUACGCGCGACGUCUGCCGAAUCAUUGCACACAAGGCGCGCAUCACCAAUCCACAAGACUAUGCGCUCUUCAAGCUCGUCGAUGGCGAGGAAACGCUAUUGAAUGACGCCGAAUGCCCACAGGAUGUGCGUUUCGCAUCAAAGGGCAAGCACUGCAUGUUGGCGUACAAACGCAUUGACGCCAAAAUCGCUUGGCCCACAACGACCUAUUAGAUAUGGUGUAAAAUUUGAAGUCGCUUAAACGCUCUUAACGCAUAAAGCAAGAUUAUUUUGAAAUAAUCGCAAAAUUUAUGAAGCAAAGCAGCGCGCAGCAUGUCGACUGGGAAACUUUUCGGUUGUUGGCACAAAAUCAAAAGCCUGAAGUCAGCUAAGCAUGCGCAGAAGAGCAAAAACCAAUAUGAUAUUUCAUUAAGGCGCGGAUUAAUUUUAAUUAGUUGUAAUUGAAAUCAAAUCAUUAUGCACCAUUGCUCACUAAUCACACUGAUUGUGUUUAAUCAUACAAACACAUAUACAUAUGUAGUUAUAUAUGUUUGUAUUUACGACUAUACUAAACAGUAUUGCGAUAAGUUAGUUGUAAGCGAAAGCACACACACACCAAAGCAUAUGUGUGUUGUAAACGUAGUUUAAGCUUACUAUAUAAAUGUAUGUAGCUAGUUAUAUAUUAAGUGAGACUACUGACUAAUGACACUUAAUGUAAAAAUUCGAAUUAAUUUUGUACACUUAACGAACACUGAACAAUUGCGUUUACAAAUCAAAACAGAAAAAAUAUUGAGGAAGAGAACAAUUGUAAGACAAAUUUAUGAAUAAAAAAUAUAAAUAAUUAUUUUAAUGUAUGCGAAAUAUAUAAUUUUUAAUUUGAAUUAAUGUCGAAAUAAACUUAAAAAAUGCCUAACAGCAUUAAUGAAAAUAAAAAACUCAUUCACCAUAAAUCGGCAUUAAAAAAUUGAAAAAAAAAGCUAAUUAAGCACUAAUACUGCAUUAAUACUGCAUUAAUAUUAAAUUGGCAUAACUAAAAUGUUAAAAAAAAUUAAACCAAAAAGUAAAAACCACAAAAUUAAUGCGCAAAAACUAAUUAUAUAACAAUUAUAUUUUAAGAGUUACCAUACUAGUUGCUAAUUUGUAAAUGAAAGUGUACCCAAAUAUCCUAUUUUAUAUGUAAAGUGUUUAAAUGCUUAAAACUACACCCUAUAUUGUGUAAAUAUUCAUAAGAUUUGUAUAAAGAAACAACACGAUAAAUAUACUUACAUAUUUCAAACUAA